AUGGAACACGGGAACGAACACUUUCUUUUACAAUUACCUUCUAUCGACCUACAGUCGCCUUCUAAAAAUACUCAACCCCGUCGACCAGUUUCGAUCACUUCUUCCCCUUCCUCUUCAUCCUCUACACAUCCUUACAUAACGUCCUCUACACCGAGUGCAACAUCAGCUUCUUCCUCUGCGACCCCAUCAAGUCAACAUCCCCUUGCUCAGCCGCCCAUAAACGCUGCAACCUCCGCGACGCCUUCUCCGGCACCGUUGCCUUUCCUUUCGCUAGCGCCACCACAGGUGAAUUCAUUGAGGUCCGCUCUGGUGCGUAGGAGAUCGUCCUUCCCACCUGCCACUACACCAGGUAGCGGUAGUGCCAGCAAUAUCUUUCCUUGGGUUAUGGGUGGAACACCAGGAGCAAAAGGAUUUGACUGGGGAUCAGCACUGGAUUCGUUUCCUGGUUUCAACUUGGAAUUAGGUGAAGGAGCUUCAGGAGGAACUGGUCUCACACCUGGUUCGCUAGCAUGGGAUACUUUACUCAACUUUGAUACGGAUAUCAAACCAUCGCCGAGCAAGCUAAAUCCAUCGACUGUCGAUUCUACCAAACAAUCCAUAUCAUCUGAUAGCAAGACCGCUACAAACCCUCCGGUCCCCAGAGCGAGAUCUGAUCCUUUGUCUGAUAACCAUCCUAUACCUCCGCCUGCAGACCCUUUCAUGUAUCGAACUACCGCCCCCACACCGUCUAUGCUACCACAGGCUGCGGUUUCACCUGCUAGGGUCAUUCAGCUGGGUACGGAUUUGGCCUGGAGGACAGCUUUGGCCAGUGUCGUCGAGGUGGAUGGAGUCGGACAGGUGACAGUGGCAAGGGUGUUACAGGAGGUAUGGCGAAGAGGUGGAGGAGAACUUGUUACCAAUCAAUGUCUAUGGCCAAGCAUCGUUAUUGCUCUGUCUAUGCCAUCCGAACCUGGUCCCGGUGUUCGCGUACCUAAUCCUUCCGCUCAAUCAGCUAUGGCCCUUCAGCAGCUGUAUAACCUCAGCAUCAGACACUGGGAACCAGCAAUUUUUACUGGUCUUCUUGGUACUUAUGGAUCGGCCAAUUCUUCUCCUUCCGAUCCACCUGCUACCGAUACUACCAAUGCUUUCGCGCCAAAUCAGCAUUACGGACCUUCGACACCGCUCAAAGAACCUGACGUGUCUCAGUGGAUGAAUCUUACUCCAAGUGGAUGGAAUACCGAUGCCCUGUUCGGUGGUGGGAAUGAUAAUCAGACUCAAAGAAACCUAUCCGGUGGAUUCCCAUUCCCCCUCAAUGCUGAUCUAGGCAGCGAGACCUUUGCGGCUCGUCGCACAUCUCUAGCCAAAACUGAGAAUGGCGAGGAAACGAAUAUCAAGAGCAUAGAUGAGAUCCUAGCAUCGAUGGAAGAAGGGAAUGUGGAGAAUGAAAGGGCAAUGAUGGCGGCAAGCCUGAUGGCUGAGCCUCCAAUGUCAAUACCGUCCUUACCUCCCUCGGAAAGUGGUAUUCCAUCAGCUGGUCCAAGUCGCCAAAACUCAACUUACCAAUUCCCUACACCGGAGACUGAUUCUUCCAAUUCACCGUCAUCUGGGAAGACCAGUAACAAAAACCCUACUACGACACUUUCACCUGUUUCUAUGGCUUCUCCUCACGUCACUGCCGGCUCGAUAACUUCGACAUUGUUGGGACCUUCACCAACUACUUCCAAUGUUCAGUCUCAGUCUCAUCCUCAGACCGGAGGCAAAUCCUUCUCACAGAAACCCAGACCAACCCAAUUAUCUAUGCCACCCGUGGAGUUCAUCCCCCCGCCACCGAUGUGCAUGUUCUUCAACCCUUCUUUCGAGAAUCUCACAGAUGGUAAAGCUGGUAUCUGGCGAGGAGAUCUGGAAGUGAGAGGAAGAGGUGGGGGGAAAUUCCCUAUCCUGGUUAUCGGCGAGAAGGAUACUGAGCAUUUAUGGCAAUCACACCUCUGGCCAUCUACGCUCGCUUAUCCUCUCAAUCAGCAUCCGGUAGAGAGUUGCACGAGCACCAUGAUACCUGUUUCGCACCUAGCCAGAGAAGGAUUAGUACCCAUAACAAUGGGCAUGGUGUUGUGUAAUGAACCGCCGGAGAGGUUGGCUCCUUAUGUGAAUAUGGUUCAUGGAUUACAUGCUGAAGGAGUCGGCUUCCACCUACCUUGCGAAACUCGAUUACCGAUCGUAUUCCUCCCUGCGAAAUUCCACUCUACCGAUCCACUGCUGAGAUUGGGAAUAGCCUUCAUGGGUAAAACUGGAUUCUCACAUCCUAAUGCGCCUUUACCAUCUUCCAAUACCACUUUGAGAGGCAGAGGGAUUAAGAAUACUAGUGAAAAUGAGGAUCAGCCAAAGAAGAAGAGGAGAAGACAGAGUGCACCUGCUGCAUCUUCAGAAAGCGGCGGUAGAGGAAGGAAAAGGAAGGAUAGUGGGAUUAUAGUCAUGGGUACUGGAUCGAUGACCACUGCGGUGGGUAAGAUAGAUGAGGAAGGAGAAUAA